UAUAUUUAUUUCAUGCUCUAUGUUAAAGGGUUUACUUACGUAGUCUGUUGUUUUUUGCGUUAUAAAAGUAAAGUGGUCAAAUAAAUCGUUAUUUUUGCCUGAAAAUGGCAGGAUUUACAGAAAGUGCUUUAGUGAAGAAGUUAGUGGACCUUAAUGCAUCGCAACAAAGCAUACAAACUUUAUCUCUUUGGUUAAUCCAUCACAGAAAGCAUCACCCGGUUAUAGUGAAAGUUUGGUUUAAAGAAAUGUGUAAAGUUAAGGAUAGUCGUAAAUUAAUGUUCAUGUACUUGGCAAACGAUGUCAUUCAAAAUAGUAAGAAAAAGGGACCAGAAUUUGGUAAAGAAUUUGGAUUAAUGCUACCAAAAGCCUUUGAACACAUGAAAGGAUUUGACGAUAAAACGAGAGAUCGACUUAAUAGGCUUCUUCAAAUUUGGGAGGAGAGAGGUGUUUAUGAUAAAGGACAAAUUCAUGAAUUUAAGACAGCUUUCAAUUCUGCAAUUGAUAAUAAAAAAGAACCGGGUACUCCUCCUUUAAAGAAGAAAAAAUUGGAUGUUGAAAAAACAAAGAAAGAGAAAAAGGAGAGAAAAAAAUCGGAGACAGAAGUUGAAGUUGAUGGCACCAAAGAAUUACAUGUUACUUUAAGUCCAAGAACACCGGGCGGAGAUCCGCCAGAAACGGAAGAACUUAUCAAGGCUUUAAUGGAUCUGGAAAACACGGCGUCAUCAGAUGCGGGCGUUCGAGAAAGAAUUGCUUCGUUACCUCCUGAGGUUUCUGAAGUUUCAUUGUUAGCUAAUUUGGCUGAUAGGGCAGCUGCUGAUGAACUAAGUGUUGCAGUAAAUGAAGCAGCGGCACUUUUAGCGGAUUAUAACGGAAGGUUGCAGGCUGAAAUGGAAGACAGAAGAAGGCUUCUUGCAAUGCUUAAGGAUUAUACAUUGGCUCAGAAACAAUUACUUCAACAAGCGCAAACAACAUUAGAAGAUUAUAAAGAAAAAUUAAAAAAAGUUUGUUCAGUAAGAGCGGAAGUAAAAUCACAUAUUUCGAAUCUUCCGGAUUUAACACAACUUCCAGACGUUACCGGUGGUCUGGCUCCUCUUCCUUCAGCUGGCGAUUUAUUCUCAAUGCACUAGGCGCAAAGGAUUAAAAUUUACAUGCUACUACUAUUGGUUUAUUAAACCCCUCAAGGUAAAUACAAAAAGCGAAAAAAAAAAGAAUUAUUUUUACCUUAUAUAUACUUUAAAAUUUAAUAUUGUCAAUGUCAGAAAAUCAAAAUCUGAUGAAAGCGUAGAGAAAAUAAUAGUAAACCCACAAAUAGUUUUUGUUACACUUCUACACUGAUUGACUGCAAUUUCCUUAUAUGCGUAUAGGAAAAAGUGUGUAUGAUUUGAAGUGUAAACAUAAUUUUUGGCCACCUUGAAAAAAAAAAAUGAUGUUUCCAUUAAAGGAAUGAAAUUUCAGUAGUGCAUGUAGUAGUGUUGUUACUGAAAAAAAAAUAUUUAUUUUUGGGAAAAAAAUCUUUGAAUUUCGUUCAAAAUUUGAAAAUAUUUGUUAUAUUUACUAAUCUAUACAAAUAUGUGAGUUUAUCAAUAAGAAAAAUGGUCUUUUUUUUGAAGCCCCUUAUGAAAGAGAGUUUUUAUUUUGUCAUUGAAGUUAUUUUGUAGCAAGAAUUUAUUUUAACCAUUGUAUUAGAAUAAUAAUAAAACAAUGGUUUUUAAUAAUAAAGAAAAAUAUAAUCGACUCUUGUUGGCAAAUGUCGAUUAAAAGACUUCCAUAGUAUUUUAAGCAGUAGGAAAAAAAAGUUUUACAAUGAUGUAUUACUUUUUUUUUUUUUU